AUGCGAUAUGAAAUGGCGCAACCACCACCAGAUGAACUGACUCCAUCCCAGCCAGAAAUCUUGGUUGCGUCACUAGAUGUUGCUGCACCUUCUAAUAGUCAUCCAAUAUCAGUAAAAAAUUGUUUUAUUUACCAAAAAGAAAAAUUAAAUCAAUCAAUUCCUGUUACCGAUUACAAUUCUGAACGAACCGAUCGUUUUACCUUACAAUGUGUUCCUUAA